AAAUGCCGUGUUUUAAGGAGAACCAUUUGUUACCACAAUGGCGGCCCCCUGUAUACACGAUUAGAUGAAAUGCUAAGCUACUUGUUAUCAAUUUACGUGUGGUGCUGAUACUUUUGAAAGCCUGUAUGAUUGAAAACGGUUAAAGGGACCAUAUUAUUCACAUAUGCUAUACGUUUAAUAGCUGCCAUGACGCUUUGACAUGUUGGCCAGGAAACUCCCCCUCAUUCUACACAACUUACCGUGGUCAGUGUCCUCUCGGGCUGGCAGUGACCUUGCCAGGCGCCACUAUGAUGUCAUCGUGGUGGGAGGAGGUCAUGCGGGAACAGAGGCAGCGGCCGCUGCAGCCAGAGUUGGAGCAGAGACCCUGCUUAUCACCCAGAAAAUUGCGACUAUCGGGGCCCUCUCCUGUAAUCCCUCUCUCGGUGGUGUGGGGAAGGGCCAUCUGGUGAGAGAGUUGGAUGCUCUGGACGGCCUGUGUGGUCGAGCAGGCGAUUGGGCCGGGGUCCACUUCUCCAUCCUAAACCGCAGCAAAGGGCCCGCUGUUUGGGGCCCCCGUGCACAGCUGGACCGGGAACGCUACCGCCAGUUCAUCCAGUCAGAGCUGUUGUCCACUCCCAGACUGACAGUGUUGGAGGGAUCAGUAGAGGAGCUGCUGGUGUCACAAUCCAACCCAAAUGAGCCUGGACACCACAGAGUCACUGGGAUAUGUCUAGUGAAUGGAAGCCAGCCCAUCUUGUCCAGCUCAGUUGUACUUACAACUGGCACUUUUUUGUCUGGCUCUCUCUUCAUGGGCCAGACCACCACUCCCGGGGGCAGGAUUGGGGAUGCCCCUUCCUGUUCUGGACUGUCCCACACACUCAGAGAGACAUUGGGGUUAAGGGUGGGUCGGCUUAAGACUGGCACGCCCCCUCGGAUAGUGAAGGAGUCUGUGGAGCUGUCAUUGGUUCAGAUCCAAACUCCAGACAAAGAGCCCACUCCCUUCAGUUUCCUCAACACGCACACCCACUGCAAGCCAGAAGAGCAACUCCCUUGUUAUCUGACCCACACCACACCUGGAGUGGAGAGAGUGGUCAGGGAGAGUCUCCACCUCAACUGUCACAUACAACAGGACUCCAAAGGUCCAAGAUACUGUCCCUCGAUUGAGUCGAGGGUGCUGCGGUUUCCAGGUCGACAGCACCAGGUGUGGCUGGAGCCGGAGGGGUUGACCUCUGACCUAUUGUACCCACAGGGCCUGACUAUGACCAUGCCUCCUGACCUUCAACUCCGCCUACUUAGAGAGAUCCCCGCCUUGCACCGAGCUGAAAUCCGUACUCCUGGUUACGGGGUGCAUUAUGACUUUGUUUGCCCAACCCAACUCAACCCAUCUUUGCAGGUGAAGAGCACUCAGGGACUCUUCCUUGCAGGUCAAAUUAACGGUACCACAGGCUAUGAAGAAGCAGCUGCACAGGGCUUGUGGGCAGGGGUGAAUGCUGCUCGGGCAGCCCUCUCCCUGCCCCUUUUGGCACUGUGUCGUACCCAGAGCUACAUCGGGGUGCUGAUUGAUGACCUGGUGGGCCGAGGAGUGACGGAACCUUACCGCAUGUUUACCAGUCGCGCAGAGUUUAGAACCUCCCUCAGGCCUGACAAUGCAGACAUCCGCCUCACCCCCAGAGGGUUUGAGGAGGUGGGCUGCGUGUCGUUGCGGCGAUACAAGGAGGCAGUGAGGGUGAGGGACAGCCUCCAGGAAGGACUGGCGGCUUUGAAGUCAGUGACUCUGUCCUCCACCCGCUGGAGAGAGAAGCUGGGCAACAUCAGUCUGAGUGAGAGCAGAAAUGGCAGCUUGAACGGUUUGGAUCUGCUGCAAUACAAAGAUGUAUCCUUUGAAAUGUUGGCUGCUAUCUUCCCGGAGCACCUUUCACCUUAUCUUGAGUUCUCACAAAGACUCAAUAUUGAAGCUGUCUACAGACCACACUGUGAGAAGCAGAGUCGAGAAAUUGAGAGAGUACAGGAGGAGGAAAGUCUGUCUCUCCCCCCGGACAUGGACUACCUCUCCUUACCCACAUCUCUAUCCAGUGAGGUCCGAGAAUUACUGGACAGAGUCAGGCCCAACACUCUGGGCGCGGCUACCCGCAUACCAGGGAUGACACCAGCUGCGAUCGUCCACCUUCUCCACUACGUCCUCAGGACUGCGCAGAGGAACCAACACACAGGGCAGAGAGUGAAAGCUGCGUGCAAACCAUGAACCAAUAUCACAGUGAAAUAAUGUAUGACAGCUGAAACUGUAUUCUAAAAAGUACAAAUAAAUGAUCAUGUUGUAAUAACUCUUUUAAUUUUGGUGUAAAAUGUUGAGUUACUUGAGAAUUUAAAAAUUCUGUAAAAAAAUAAUUCACUGUGGUCAUAUUUGCUCUACAAUGCCCCAAAAAAUGCAAUAAACAAACUAUCAUGCAGGCUGAACUGACAAUGUC